CGUAUCGGUCGCGCAUUAUCUUCUGCCUAUGCAUAAAAUGAUAUAAAUAUCCGAUUCAUUUGAAUACAGGAUUUAAAAAUAACGGGAUAAAUCAAUUAUAAAAGGACACAAAACGCAAUAAUUACAACGAUGGGUGGAGGUGCGUCGGUCAAUAAAAAACCUAGUAGCAAUUACACAGUUUUUGUUGAAUCUGCCGAUAAACCAAAAGGGGCGUGCAGAGGUAUAAUUCAUGUAAAACUGAUCGAAGCCGGUCAAGCCGGAGAUGAGGAAGAGUUGCCCGAGGCUGAAUUUCCUAGUGACUUUAAAAGAGGACACAAGAGCACAUUUAAUCUUUCCGAAACAAAGAUAAAAAAAGUUGAUGGACUUGAGAUUCGUGGGAAUGAGGCUGUCGGCAAAGAAGGGUGGAACAUCGAUAAAGUGCUCAUUACAAAUAACAAGACACGAGUUCAGACGGUGCUUCCCGUAUUUACAAACAUAAAAGGUGGCCAGACUUACAGGUUUAUGACUGAUGACCUGUCUUUACCGCACUUGAGUUCCCGAGAAGAGGAUAGGCAACGUGAACUUGAUGAAAAAAGGAAGGAGUAUCAACUGACUGAGGAAAGACUGCCAGGGUGCCCUCCCCUUGUAAAACAAAUGCCGUCUGAUGAAAAGUUUACCUUUGACAAAGAAUUCGACAUUGGGGCAAAACUGGCGGGAUUAACGAUCGUUUCGACGGUGAAAGAGGCAUUCUCUGGAGCGUUUAAUGACAUUGAUGACAUCAAAAGUGUUUAUGGUCCUUUCUUCAGUGAACCUUCAAAUCUUAACAGGUGGCGAGACGAUGGUUUGUUUGGAAUGCAGCGCUUGAUGAGUGUUAAUCCUGAUGUAAUAAGUCUUUGUACUGCGAUUCCAGAGAAACUCAAUGUCAACGAUGAAAUGUUAAACCCGUUCCUUGAAGGCAAGACACUGAACCAAGCUUUAGAGGAAAAAAAGAUUUUCAUUAUUGAUUAUGAGAUACUAGAUGGUCUACCAACUAAACAAGGAUUUGUUAUAAGCAGCCCAGUUGCGUUAUUUUAUCAGCGAAAUGACGGAAAACUGGUCCCGAUUGCUAUCCAACUACUUCAGAAACCUGGUGCAGACAACCCCGUGUUUCUGUCGAGCGAUCCUCCAAACAAGUGGAUUCUGGCGAAGUUGUGGUUUAACGUAGCCGAUUCAAAUUAUCACCAGUCAGUUACACAUCUUGGGUUUACUCACUUGAUAAUGGAGGGAAUUGCUGUUUGCACUCACAGACAGAUCCACAAGCAUCAUCCAAUUUUUAAACUACUGAUGCCCCACUUCCUUUAUCUCAUUGCUAUAAAUUAUCUCGGCAUUCCGGUAUUGCUAGAUGAAGACGGAUUCGUGGCAAAAACGCUAAACAUAGGUCGAAAAGGUAUGGUUGAGCUAAUCAAACGCAAACACAAGGCCUGGCGAAUGAAUGUUGAAGGUACCCUACCGAAUGAUCUGAAAGAAAGAGGGGUAGAUGAUCCAGCUUUGCUGCCGCAUUAUUACUACCGAAACGACGCAAAGGAAUUAUACGAUGCCAUUUUCUCGUAUGUUCAAAAAUACCUCGAUCUUUAUUACACAUCAGAUGAGGACGUAAACAAAGACUACGAACUGCAGAAGUGGAGACAGGAACUCACUGCACCUGAGAAAGAUCAAGGGCUUGGCAUACUAGGUGUAUUUGGAGAGAACGGCAAAUUCACCAACAAAGAACAAGUAUGCUUUACACUGGCGAGCAUUAUUUUUACUUGCAGCGGCAAACAUGCGGCUGUUAACUUCCGUCAGUAUGAAGAUUACGGUUACCCACCAAACUAUCCAUCGAAUCUUCGAGGGCGCCCACCGACAAAUAAAGACGAAGUAGAUAAAGCAGAAUUGCUUCGAAGCCUACCAGAUAAAACAGCAACAUACGAUGCUAUGGUUAUAACGAGUGUAUUAAGCACGAAUGACAUGAAUGCGUUAGGCGAUUUUGAGGUUCAGUAUAUAACUGACGAAAAGGCGCUCAAAGUUGUUAAAACGUUCCGUGCUGAUCUUGCACGCAUUGCCAAAAGGAAUAAAGAGAAAAAUAAGAAAGCGAGGCUAGAAAACUACUGGUGUCUGGAUCCCGACCGCGUCCCUAAUUCCAUCAGUAUUUAGUGGAUAUUGAGAUGGACUUGAAACAAAUGCACAAUUUAGGUGACAUAAACGAUAUUCUUUUAUUUCCACAUAUAUACCACUAAUAGUUUGCUUUUUAAACAUGCUUGAAGCCUUGCAUAUAAUAAACGCAGAUGACUGGCCGGAGCUAUUGACUUUUAUUGUAAAAUUUUGAUCGAAAACUGCUUUUUUCUAGGUAUCUGGAUACUUUUUUUUUUCAUCGUAAUUGUUCGUACAAUUGGCUUAAAUCAGUAGAGUUAUAAUAGACAUAUACCAUUUUCAUUAUAUUUUCAUUAAAGGUCACUCGUAUACAUUGUGACUUAUAAGUUUUGCAUAUUGAUAUACAAAACUUACUGUGAAUAUAUACUGCAUAAAACUUCUAACUAGGCUCCGUAUAAUAUUGGCUGUACAAAUUUAAACAAAUAAUCUGAAAUUUUACAAAGAACUACAGUAAUAUAUUUCGCGUAUUAUUAUCACGUUUUGAUAAAUUUCACAGACAACUGGCGUCACAGUGACAACUAAUAUAGGCCAACUGUAUGACCAGAAAAUUACAAAAGGAGUAUUUUGUAAGGAAAUGAAAUAUCUUUUAGCCUUCUUUAAAGACAGAAGAGCUGGAUCAAAGAAAUUGAUUGAUAACUGGACUAUUCGGAUAAUAGGUAAAGCCAUUGCACUUAUCUGUUCAUCGGUGUCCACGUCCACGUCGGCGCCUGCUUCUGGACUGGUUAAGUUUUAUUCAUGUAAGCAGGUAGCUCGCUUGUGGAAAUGUAUUGUGACUUCACACACUUGUUCAUUGUGCUGAUAUUACAUGUAGUGUACAAAUUACACAGCACUAUUUUGCUUGUUCACACAGUUAUGCUCCUUUUUUCUAGAUAGCAAUGUUUGGUUGUUGCAUUAAAGCUGGUAUCUCAGUAACCACUUGUUGAAAUGAAUUAAAUUUUUAUAUGAAAUUUUAUACACUUCAGUAGUGUAAUGAUAUAAUGUUUAAGUCAAAUAGUCUUUAACUCUAAUUUGCUCCUUCACAAUGUGAUGCCUUUUUUCUCGAUCAAGGUUUUAUUUAACCUUUUUGUUGUGGCAAGACUUUUGUAAAGCAAGUAUCUGUCCUCUCUCAGCUUCGUUAUUCAGGAGGAAAUGAUAGACAUUAUUUUCCACGUUGAUUUAUGUCAGUUUGUGGGAUUUCAGGGAGAGAAUUGAAUGGGUUACCAUUUGGAGACAAGCGUCUGGCACGUAUGGUCUUUGAUUUGGAGUCAAGCGUCUGGCACGUAUGAUCUUUGCAAUAUCGACUGACUAUAACAGUUUGAUCUUGCAAAAAAGCGUGCACUGUUACUUGUUUUAAAAUGCACGUGCAAUUCAUGGCCGCCAGCAACGAGAAGACUUUUCUUAAAAUAUCACACCACAAAUGAUCAAAAGUGCAUGUUGUAAAUAUCAAAGUUGUAUGUCUUAUAGAUACCUUCUCUAAAUUCCAGUUUCUUUAGUUCUGCUCACUGGUUUCCCGUUUAAGGCAAGUCCAUUACUUUAAUGGGGACCAUACGCCGCUUUUCAUGGAAUUGCACUCUGUAUAUCAUUUAACUUUCCAUGUUCCCCGCCGUAUGAACACUUCUGCGGAUGUCUCUAUUUUUUCCUCUUUUUUUUUUGGUACUUGUAACAUGUGAAAUGUUGAGUUCUGCUCAACCCGGGGCUAGAAGGCUCGGACAGUAGCAUGCAUUUCCACUACCGUCCAUGAACAGGACCAAUCAAACCGAGGAUGCAACAUUUUCACUUUUGUCGUGUUGGACGACCUGUGAAGUUUCCUCUUUUCUAUACGAUAAAUAAAAAGUUAUUGUAAAACAAAACUGGUAUAAGUUUUAUUCAGUAUAUAUAUAUCAUUUUACAUAAUCAUAAUGUUUAUGUUUCCAUGCUUAUGUCAUGCAUUUUGAAGUGAUUUAAAUAAAGCAAAUUUUAUUUGA